AUGGCCAACCUGUUCAACCCCGACAAGGGCGUCAUCUCACCACAGCUCCGCGCAAGCAGCAACGCACUCGAGCAAUUCUUGCGCACGUACAACAUCCCGAGCUACCUCCAGGCGCCAAAGUUCGGCCAAAUCAAGGACGUCAUGGAGGUCGUGGCCCAUCUGAUCGCCGGAUACUACAUUCGUGACGACCCAGCAGGAGCUCCCCCAAUCCAAGAGUGGAACUCGGGCCUAGUCGACCAAUUCCUUCUCAAGGUUUUUCUCGGAACAGACAACAUGGGUGCUUGGGACAUCACCCACGGCAAGCCAAGUCUUCCUGCCUGGACAGCUCAGGAGUCUCCCAUCUCCAUGUCUGUCGGUCUCAUUCUCUCCGACUGGAUGACCCUAGAUGCGCACCAAGAAGUCUUCAUGGUCUUCGACAUCGACGAGUGCUUCGGUGGAAUACCACAAUUCGAAUUCAAAUGCUCCAGCCUCCGUCACGUCAAACCAUCCAACGAGCUGCUCCUGGACCAGGAGCUCGUGAGCAAAGCACAGGUGGAGUUGGUAUCAAAGUGGCACAUCAACGAGCGCGAGCUCGCGGUCCGAGUCAACGGCAACUUGGUGAUCCAUCACGCAAGGUUGGCGCUGUGGCUCGUUACUCUGGACCAGGAGGAUCACGAUCAGCAUACCCACGAUCAUUCAACGGACUGCGACCUCGAAUUCGAAGAUAUGCGCGAAGAGAUGUACGAGCAGAGGUCGAUCAUGAAGGCUCUGGGUGGUCUGAUGGAUAUCUUGAGGAGCAAUCAGCCUGAUAUGAAAGCUUCUUGA